GUUUGUUGUCACUUCUAUCCUAGGAACCCUUACCCAGAAUGAGAUGGUCUUCAAGCGGCUCCACCUGGGCACUGUGUCCUAUGGGACAGACACGAUGGAUGAGAUACAGAGCCAUGUCAGGAAUUCGUACUCCCAGGUGCAUUCUCAAGCUGGUGGAAACAGCAUCAGUUCAACUCCACCAAGAAAAGCCCAAUCUUCAGCUCCCAAAGUUAGGAAAAGCGUCAGCAGUCGAAUCCAUGAAGCCGUUAAAGCCAUCGCACUGUGUCACAACGUGACCCCCGUGUACGAGUCUUGGGCCGGUGUCACAGGGGAGACCGAGUUCACUGAGGCUGACCAGGACUUCAGUGAUGAGAACCGCACGUACCAGGCCUCCAGCCCAGACGAGGUCAGUCAGAGGCACAGCUGUGUGGCUCUGGUGCAGUGGACAGAGAGCGUGGGCCUCACCCUGGUCAGUAGAGACCUCACCUCCAUGCAACUGAAGACCCCUGGCGGCCAGAUCCUCACCUUCCACAUCCUGCAGAUGUUUCCCUUCACGUCUGAGAGCAAGCGAAUGGGUGUCAUUGUCCGGGUAUACGUUAUAGCUUGUUUCUUCAAGAGGAUCGCUAUGCGUGGGCUGCCCUGCCUGCCUAUGAUGCUUCUUUCUGAGUGUUUAAGAUAG